AUGGAAAUUCUUCUAUCGCAGACCGUCUUGGCUCAAUCAAACCCCAUCAUCCAUCCUCCAGUGUUUCUUCAAUACCCACACUCUGCAGAACUUCACUCCAAACAUCUUUACAGUAAGGAGAGAUGGACAGAUGAUUCUGCAUUAAUAUUCCUACCUGUGUAUAAUUUUCAAACCCUGGAAGAUAGCCUGUUAUGUGCUGCAAGUCAGGCAAUAAAACUAUCCCUGGGAAUAGAUGACUAUAAAAAAGUUCUCUCCCAGAUGAAGCCAAACAGCAUCCUUGGGCUUUCCGAUGGAUUUCAUCUUGGGCAUUUGCAGUCAAUGAAACUUGAUUUUCCAAAGAACAUUGGUGUGAUUACUGUUUGCCCUAAGGGAAUAGGUCCUUCUGUAAGGAGACUCUAUGUUCAAGGAAAAGAGAUCAAUGGUGCUGGAAUUAAUUCUAGUUUUGCAGUCCACCAGGAUAUCGAUGGUAGAGCCACAGAUGUUGCCUUGGCAUUGUCAGUGGCCAUUGGUUCGCUUCUCAUAUUUGCCACUACACUAGAGCAGGAAUACAAGAGUGCUAUCUUGAGGGAGCAGGGCAUUUUACCAGGUGCUGUUCAUGGCAUCCUGUGUUCCUUAUUUCGAUGGUACACUGAAAAUGGAAUGAGUGAGGAUGAAGCUUACGAGAGCACUGUUGAGUGCAUAACAGGAAUUAUAUCCAAGGCUGUAUCAACCAAGGGAAUGCUGGAUGUAUACAGUUCCUUAUCUGAAGAAGGCAAAAGGGAAUUUGAGAUUGCAUACAGCGCCUCAUAUCAUUCCUGCUUUGCCAUCUUACAUGACUGCUAUAAUGGUGUAGCCUGUGGUAGUGGGAUGAGUAGUGUUCUCCUUGCUGGGAAUCCGCUUCUCUUUCAUGAAAAGGAUGGUCUGGUAGCUUUUCCAACGAGUAAAAUUGAUCAAACACGUGCUUGGAUUGUUGGUGAACUAGUCCGAUCUGGCCAGCCAAGAGGGAGCUUAGUUCCACUGCAUCCUUUCACUUGUGGUGUCUUUAUGGCAUUAAAGAUGGCCUGGGUUGAAAUUUUGAGGAAGAAAGGGCUAUCAUACUCUGCAAUAAUCCAUGGAUCUGUGAUAGAGUCUGUGGAUUCCCUGUAUUCCCUUAUGCAUGCCCUUGAAGCUCCUUAUAUGCUUGAUAACUGCUCUGCCACAGCAACAUUGGAAUCAAGGAAAUGGGCUCAUCUUUUUGACUAUUUUCUCAACCAGCGAGCAUUGGUGGCGGUGGACAAUGGUGCUCCUAUCAACCAUGAUCUCAUCAGUAACUUAAUAUCAGAUCCUGUGCAUAGAGCCAUUGAAGUCUACGACCAAUUGACCUCCACCGUCAGCACUGGAGUGCCAUCAGAUAUUGGCUCUGUGCGACCUGAGUUAGGCCAAUCUAGCAACUAA